CCAGCUUCAGAAUUGAAUAUUAGUUUUAUAAUAAUAAAAUGGACGAAGGCGUAAUUUCUAGAGCAAGCAGUAAGAGUACAGGUGCGGUAGACCAGGAAGAGGACUUAUUUGGACCACCCAAGGACCACUCGAUUGAUGAAGGUAUUAGACUUGACCAUCCUGCAGAGAAAAAGAAAUUAUUGUACAAUACAUUUGACAAUGACUCCUCUUUCUCUAUUUCUCCUCUUAAGGAGAAUACUUAUAGAACAGAUAACAGAUAUUGUGUCAUGUUGCUGUCAACCUCUCUGAUGUUCGGAGGAUAUUUCUGUAUGGACCAACCAAACGCCUUGUCUAAGCAUUUGGAGGCAACUUUAACUGGUGAAAGCUCUAUGAAAUAUAAUAUGCUAUACUCAGUUUAUGCCUACCCUAAUAUAAUUAUGCCCUUCUUUGGAGGAGUCUUUAUUGAUAGGGUCGGACUUAAGUCAGCCUUGAAUAUCCUAUUUACACUGUGAAUUGUUGGCCAGGGAUUCUUCGCUUUUGGCGGAUACAUAGAGGGUAGCCAUGGCUACACUAUGGCCCUGUUUGGAAGAUGCCUUUUCGGAAUGGGAAAUGAAUCAUUGAAUAUUGUUCAAAGUGUUUUUGCCAAUAAAUGGUUCAAAGGUAAAGAACUGGCUUUUGUACUUGCUUUGGGAAUGAGCGUCGGAAGAUUAGGAAGUACUUCCAAUAACCUUCUUAUGCCAAUCAUUGCGGAUAAAUCAAGCCUCAGCUCAGCUCUUCUCUUCGGAUUCAGUUUGAUUUGUGUUUGCUUCAUUUUUGGCCAAGUACUGCUUCAUUUUGAAAAGAAUGCUCAAAGAAGAGAAAAUACUACAAUUCCUAAUGAAGGUGAAGAGAAGUUGGAUUUUUCAAUUCUGAAGAAAUUUCCGAUUAGUUAUUGGCUGAUCUGCCUAAGCUGCGUCAGUGUAUACUCUUCUAUCUUUCCUUUCACUAAUAUUUCAAAUAGCAUGUUUAUGCACAAAUAUGACCUCAGCCUGAUGGUCGCAUCAAGGUUGACUAGUUCCAUCUUUAUCAUUGCUGCUUUGUUAUGUGCCUCAUUUGGAUUCUUGAUUGAUAGAAUAGGGUAUAGGAUAUCAUUUGUGAUCCUCUCAUCUUUCUUGUUACUUACUGCACACUCCUCUUUCCUUUUCAUGCCAGCUUGUGACGGGUGUUACGAAGGAUUAUUCCCACUGAUCUGUAUUGGAACUGCCUACUCUAUUUAUGCUGCUGCUCUCUGGCCAAUGAUCCCUAUUGUGAUCAAGGAGGAAUAUCUUGGAACUGCAUUUGGAUGUGCUAUUGCUAUUCAAAAUGCUGGAUGAGGAUUUGGACCAAACAUUGUUGGCUUCCUUCAGUACUAUGACACCACUUACAACAACACCUUGAUCUUCUUUAUGCUCGUAUCUAUCUUUGGAAUUAUGUGUGAGAUCUGCCUGUAUUUCACAAACAAGAAGUACCACUCCAACAAAAUCCAACUUCCUAGUGAGAAGAUAGCAAUGAUUGAGGCUGAGGAGUAUUAA